AAAAACCCCAAACAAACUGAUGGACCAAAUUUUGCUUGAUCUGCUCCUCUUUUCAGGACUGCUGUCUUUAACUCUUUGUAUACAACCAGAUUAUAUUCUGAUCACCAACUCUAUAACAUGGAGUGCUGCACAGAAUUACUGCAGGACAAACCAUAUUGACCUGGCCACCGUUCAGAGUAACGAAAACUGGACACGUCUGCAAGAAGCAGCAAGACAACAAUCCUUUUCUGGCUAUGCCUGGGUCGGACUGUACAACGACAUCAACAGCUGGCGCUGGUCCUACAACGAAGAGAGUCUGGUGUUCAAGUCCUGGGCUGUAGGUCAGCCUGAUAACUACGGAGCAGGAGAGGAGUGUGUCGGGAUAUUAUCUAACGGAGCCUGGUAUGAUUUCUACUGUACAGACUCAAGAUAUUUUGUGUGUUACGAUGGAAGUGCAAACGCAACAGAUAAAGUGGUUUUGAGCAACUCAAAAAGAUAUGGACUGAUGCUCAGAAGUACUGCAGAUCUCAUUAUACAGACCUGGCUACCAUUAGGAGUCAAGCCGACCAAGACGAGAUAACCAGCUUGCUAGGUUUUUUCUCCGCUGGCGUCUGGAUCGGUCUGUACAGAGACACUUGGACGUGGUCAGACGGGUCUAAUGUCACUUCCUCAACACAAAGCGCUACUCAGGGAUUUACUCGGUGGAAUGAAGACUGUGUUACUGCUGAUUUAACUGCAUUUGAUGACAGAUUGUGCUCGACACCUCUCUACUUCUACUGUA